GGUAACCGUUGCCCCGAUACUUUAGUCAGUCAGUUGUGUUCCAAAGCGUACACACCGUAUCUAUUACUGUAUUCUUCUCCGUUAGUUAAUAACUAAAAAAAAAACUCAAUCAAAAUGUGUGACGAUGAGGUUGCUGCUUUGGUCGUUGAUAAUGGCUCCGGCAUGUGCAAGGCCGGUUUCGCCGGUGACGAUGCUCCCCGUGCCGUCUUCCCCUCUAUUGUAGGUCGUCCCCGCCAUCAAGGUGUUAUGGUUGGUAUGGGCCAAAAGGACUCCUAUGUCGGCGAUGAAGCUCAAUCCAAGAGAGGUAUCUUGACCCUCAAGUACCCCAUUGAACACGGUAUCAUCACCAACUGGGAUGAUAUGGAAAAGAUCUGGCAUCACACUUUCUACAAUGAAUUGCGUGUCGCUCCCGAAGAACACCCCGUCUUGUUGACUGAAGCUCCCUUGAACCCCAAGGCUAACCGUGAGAAGAUGACCCAAAUCAUGUUCGAAACCUUCAACUCCCCUGCCAUGUAUGUUGCCAUCCAAGCCGUACUCUCCUUGUACGCUUCCGGUCGUACCACCGGUAUUGUUUUGGAUUCUGGUGAUGGUGUCUCCCACACCGUCCCCAUCUAUGAAGGUUAUGCCUUGCCCCACGCCAUCCUCCGUUUGGAUUUGGCUGGUCGCGAUUUGACCGACUACUUGAUGAAGAUCUUGACUGAACGUGGCUACUCUUUCACCACCACCGCUGAACGUGAAAUCGUCCGUGAUAUCAAGGAAAAAUUGUGCUAUGUCGCUUUGGACUUCGAACAAGAAAUGGCCACCGCUGCCGCCUCCACCUCCUUGGAAAAAUCCUAUGAACUUCCCGACGGUCAAGUCAUCACCAUCGGUAACGAACGUUUCCGUUGCCCAGAAUCCCUCUUCCAACCCUCAUUCUUGGGUAUGGAAUCUUGCGGUAUCCACGAAACCGUCUACAACUCCAUCAUGAAGUGUGACGUAGAUAUCCGUAAGGACUUGUACGCCAACAUUGUCAUGUCUGGUGGUACCACCAUGUACCCCGGUAUUGCCGAUCGUAUGCAAAAGGAAAUCACCGCCUUGGCUCCCUCCACCAUCAAGAUCAAGAUCAUCGCUCCCCCAGAACGCAAAUACUCCGUCUGGAUCGGUGGUUCCAUCUUGGCUUCCCUCUCCACUUUCCAACAAAUGUGGAUCUCCAAGGAAGAAUACGACGAAUCUGGCCCCGGCAUUGUCCACCGCAAGUGCUUCUAAGCAGUUUCGCCCCCUCCCUACCAUCAAACCACCCCAACCCUUCCAACUCAUCUCACUGCUGCUGCUACACUUGCUGCUGCAACAAUUAUUACAGCUGUUUACGCGUUGUCUAUUUGCCUGUCUGUGCUCUCAUCUGCUCAGCCAUACUCCUACUCAACGCCUCUCAGCUGCUGAGCACCCACCAUCCCGCUCAUAAAGAUGCCCGCUCACGCGAUUUAUAUUUGGUUCCAGAUUAUUUUAAUUUUUGUACGACUGAAUUUCUUACACUAAAUCCCCUCUUCACCAUCAACCGAUAUCACCUUAUAAUUUCUGUGUCUUAAAUGUCUCUAUUUAAUGUCUUAACAAAAAUUAUUUCGUGUGUAUUAGUGCAUAAUAAAUUUUUAUUAUUUUUAAGGGGUUUAUUGCCACAUGUAAAAUAAUCUAAUGUUUUCUUAUGUAAUUUUCUUUUUUUAAUCUAAUGAAAAAAAAACACAAAAAACACAAAACAUAUAUUUUUAAUUUUUUAUAAUAAAAUAAUAGUAACAAUUA